UGAAAUCAUAACGAUUUCUCAAUUUCAUUCUCUUCUGUCUCAAUGCCCAAAUCGGGUUGUGUUAUUGGAGAAAUCGGAGCUUCGAUUCAUGCAUUAUAAGAGAUUUAAUUAUCUUGCAAGAAUUCGAAAUCUGCGUCCUCGUUUUCGAAUUCGCUGAAUCGUUGAACGGUUUUGUGAUUAAAGGAGGAGUGGAAAUUGGAUUGUUUAACGGUUUUGGUGAUUAAGGAGGAGGAGGAGGAGGAUCGGAGAUGGCGGCGGGUGCAAUGGUGACGGCGACAGGAGCAGUUGUGAUUCUAUACUUACUGAGCCGUCGGAUCGUGUGGGCGAGAAACGGGGAAGAUGAUCCAGGAGGUGAAUUGGGUAAAUCAGGGAGAUCCGGAAGGAGGAGGAUUGUUAGGAGACCGGCUCAAGCGCCGGCGACUUGGCUUGAGACUAUUUCAACUUUAUCAGAGACGUUGCGUUUUACAUAUUCAGAGACUCUGGGCAAAUGGCCUAUCGCCGAUCUCGCUUUUGGUAUUAACUAUUUGAUGCGUAGACAGGGAAACUUCUCAACUGCUAGUGUUUAUGCUGGAAGUAAUUGUAUAGAGUUAAAAGGACCACAUAUUAUCAUGGAGUUGACAGAGCUACUGAGAUUUUUGACCCUCUGUAUGCUUUUCUCCAAGAAGCCAUUUCCCGUGUUUCUGGAGACUGCCGGUUAUACUCAUGAAGAUGUCCUUCUUCAGAAGCCUAAAGCAGGGAUUAUGCAGCCUGCCUUCACGAUUAUACGAGAUUGCAAAUCAAAAUGUAUCCUGCUAUUGAUCCGUGGCACUCAUAGCAUUAAAGAUACAUUGACGGCAGCAACUGGUGCAGUGGUCCCUUUCCAUCAUUCAGUUUUGCAUGAUGGUGGGCUAAGUAACUUAGUUUUAGGUUAUGCACAUUGUGGAAUGGUUGCUGCAGCUCGAUGGAUUGCUAAACUUAGUGUUCCUUGCCUCCUCAAGGCCCUUGAUGAGAAUCCUAGUUUCAAGGUUCAGAUCGUAGGUCAUUCUCUUGGGGGUGGGACGGCGUCACUUCUAACAUAUAUUCUGCGGGAGCAAAAAGAGUUUGCGUCGGCUACUUGCUUCACUUUUGCACCAGCUGCUUGUAUGACUUGGGAUUUAGCAGAAUCAGGCAAGCACUUCAUUACUACUAUUAUCAAUGGAUCUGAUCUAGUCCCAACAUUCUCUGCUGCUUCAGUCGAUGACCUUCGUUCUGAGGUAACCUCGUCCUCAUGGUCAAAUGACCUGCGUGAUCAGGUUGAACACACCAGGGUCCUUAGUGUUGUUUAUCGGUCUGCAACUGCUAUAGGAUCUCGUUUGCCCUC